AUGGCCUCUAGAUCUAACCUUGGUAUGGAAAACCAAUUGGCUAUCAUCAUUGAAGGACUAGUUGAUUUUGAAGAGAUGAUGAAUCAUGACUUUGAUCUUCAAAGUGUUGUCUCCCAAAAUGGUUGGGAUAAUUUCUUUGAUAUGAUUUAUGGUCCUACUUACCCUAACUUGAUCAAGGAUUUUUGGGUAAAUGCUUCCAUCCAGGAUCUAAAUCUAGAACUUGAUAUUCUUUUUGUUGUACCAGGUGUUCCUAUCACCUUCACCCCCACAUCUAUUGCUAAUGCAAUAAACUGUGAGGAUGAAGGUGUGGUUAUGGAUAUACUCUUUUGGAAAUCUUAUUUGUCUCCUCAUCUUAUCUUUAUUGAUCUCUCCUACCUAUCCAAAGUUUCAAGUCUCAAUUCCAAGGAAUUAGUCUGGUAUCACCUACUGAUUUCAAACUUCCUUCCUAAGAACAAGGAUUUGACUUCUUUGGAUAUUAAUGAAAAAGCUUUUAUGUUGCUUCUCAACUCAGAUCUGAAGAUCAACGUCCCUUAA